AUGCCGGCAAGCUCGUCUCCCCGCCGCCUUGUCGUCGCCGCGACGCUGGCCUCGAGUCUGGCCUGCGUUGCCGGCGCCGUGGCAGCGACGUCGCCCAAGGGCUACGUCAUCGUCGACGGAUCCUCCUUUGUCCUCAACGGCGACAACGUCUCGUACCGCUUCCACGUCGACAACUCCACCGGCGAUCUCGUCUCGGACCACUUCGGCGCCCCCAUCGACGGCGACAGCAUCGAGGCCGAGCCUGGCCCCGUCCACGGCUGGGUCACCCUCGUCGGCCGCGUGCGCCGCGAGCUUCCGGAUCUGGGCCGCGGUGAUUUCCGCACUCCGGCCGUCCAGAUCCGACAGUCCGAGGGCUACACCGUCAGCGACUUUCAGUACAGCUCGCACGAGAUUCGCAAUGGGAAGCCGGCGCUCAAGGGCCUGCCCUCGACCUUUGGCGCCGACGACGACGUGACUACGCUGCUCAUCCACAUGUACGACAGAUACAGCGCCGUCGCGGCACAGCUGUCUUACUCCAUCUUUCCCAAGUACGAUGCCGUCGUGCGCAGCGUCAACAUCACCAACAUGGGCACCGCAAACAUCACCGUGGAGAAGCUCGCCAGCAUGAGCGUUGACAUGCCCUUUGGCGACUACGAGAUGCUCGAGCUGACGGGAGACUGGGCGCGAGAGGCCAUGAGAGUCCGUCGCAAGGUCGACUUUGGCACCCAAGGCUUCGGGAGUGCCGCUGGCUACUCCUCCCACUUCCACAACCCAUUCUUCUCGCUCGUCAGCUCGACAACAACCGAGUCACACGGCGAGGCAUGGGGCUUCUCCCUCGUGUACACCGGGUCCUUCGCUGCCGAGAUCGAAAGGGGCUCCCAGGGUUUGACACGCGCCAUGAUUGGCCUAAACCCAUCUCAACUUUCGUGGUCGCUCGGUCCCGGGGCGUCCCUCGUCUCGCCCGAGGCGGUUGCCGUCUUUUCCGACACGGGCAUCGGCGGUAUGUCGCGCAAGCUGCAUAGCCUCUAUCGAAAGCACCUGAUGACGAGCAAAUUCGCGACUCAGCCACGGCCAGUCCUCCUCAACAGCUGGGAAGGCCUCAGCUUCGACUACGACGCCGACAAGAUCCACAAGCUCGCCACCGAGUCCGCCGACCUGGGCGUCAAGCUCUUCGUGCUCGACGACGGCUGGUUCGGGGUCCAGCAUCCCCGCGACAACGACGAGGCCGGGCUGGGAGACUGGGAGGUGAAUCCUGCCAAAUUCCCAAAGGGCCUUAAGCCCCUAGUCGACGGCAUCCGAGACCUCGCCAGCGGGAAUUCGUCGACGGGCCCCAAGUUGAAGUUUGGUCUGUGGUUUGAGCCAGAAAUGGUCAACCCCAACUCGAGCUUGUACGAAAAGCAUCCAAACUGGGCUCUGCACGCAGGCGGCUACCCUCGGACCGAGACGCGCCACCAGCUGGUGCUCAACGUUGCGCUGCCCGAAGUUCAGGACUUCAUCAUCGACUCCGUCUCCCACAUCCUCAGCAGCGCGCCCAUUGACUACGUCAAGUGGGACAACAACAGGGGCAUCCACGAGAUGCCGACAGCCAGCACCAACCACGAGUACAUGCUGGGCCUGUACCAUGUGCUUGACACGCUGACGAAGCGCUUCCCAUACGUUCUCUGGGAGGGUUGCGCGUCGGGUGGCGGCCGCUUCGACGCGGGCGUGCUGCAUUAUUUUCCGCAGAUCUGGACGUCGGACGACACCGAUGGGCUAGAGCGCGUCUAUAUCCAGUUUGGCACCUCGCUGGCCUACCCGGCCUCGGCCAUGGGGGCCCACAUUUCGGCGGUGCCGAACCAGCAGACGGGGCGCACGACGCCCAUCGAGUUUCGGGCCCACGUGGCCAUGAUGGGCGGAUCUUUUGGCCUCGAGCUAAACCCGGCGGAGAUGCCGGCGGAGGACAAGGCCAAAAUGGCGGGCCUGAUUGCGCUCGCCGAAAAGGUCAAUCCCAUUGUCGUCAAGGGGGACAUGUGGCGCCUCAACCUGCCCGAGGAGUCCAACUGGCCGGCGGCCCUGUUUGUCUCCGACGACGGCCAGCAGGCGGUGCUGUUCUACUUUCAACUGCGGGCGACCAUCAACCACGCCUGGCCGGUGCUGCGGCUUCAGGGGCUGGACGCAAAGGCCAGGUACAGGGUGGAUGGAAACCGGACGGUGUCGGGGGCGACGCUGAUGAACAAGGGAGUGUCGUAUCGGUUUCCCUCUGGCGAUUUCGGGAGCAGGGUCGUCUUUCUCGAGAAGUUGUGA